AUGGAGCUGCUGCUCUUGCUGCGCGAAGCGCCUUUGUUUGGGGGUGCCCGCGUCGGCAGCCCCGAGGAAGGAAGAAGCAAGCAAGCAAGCAAGCGGAGAGGCAGAAGCGGCAGCGCUCGCCCGCCUGCCCGCCCUCCUUUUGUCCACGGCUCCGCGGGGAUGGCUCUGCUUGCCGCCGCCGCGCGGCGCGCUCCUAGCCGCGCGCUCCUGCUGCCGUCCUCCGAGCAGCUCCCGGCGCCCAACCUGACUCAGGUGAAGAUCCGCCCGCAGGGCUGCGACAACGGGGCGCUGCUCGACCGGUUCGGGGUGCUCAUGCAGGCGCUGCUGGCGGUGGUGGCCUUCAGCACGCUCAUGCUAAAACGAUUUAAGGAACCGAAAGCAGAGAGGCGCCCCUGGAGGAUAUGGUUUUACGAUACCUCAAAGCAAGCCAUAGGAGCGCUCUUCAUCCAUUUUGCCAACAUUUUCCUGUCUGAUCUCACGGAAGAAGAUCCCUGCUCUCUUUAUCUAAUGAAUUUCAUCUUGGAUGCCACGUUGGGGAUGCUACUGAUCUGGAUUGGCGUGAAGGUGGUGUCCUGGGUCGUGGAGUGGCGGCGGUAUGCACACCUUGUCUUUGGGGAGUAUGGUGAUCCUCCACAGGCAGCUGCUUGGAUUGGCCAGUGUAUCCUCUAUUUGCUAAUAAUGAUCUUCGAGAAAACCACAGUUGGUCUUGUCUUGCUCAUUCCUGGUUGGACCAAGCUUCAGGAGAAUCUUCUGGACUACAUCCCUGAUCCUCAGCUGGAGCUGGUACUGGUGAUGCUUGUGGUGCCCUUUGUAGUCAACGCUGUUAUGUUCUGGGUGGUAGACAGCUUGAUCAUGAAGAAGCACAAGCAGAAGGAAGUCCUUGAAAUCAGUGGCGUGAUGGAGAACCCACAGGCUGCAAAGGAUGAGGAGUACCAGGUGCUGCUCUGUUCGGGCUUGGAUUUUGACCACUCUGGAAGUGAUGCAGACCUUUCGGGAUCUCUCCCCCAUGGAAUGAGCCCUCCGAUAAGGCAGCCAGCAGACUGUCGGGUGACAAUUUAACUGGGAUUCCUAACCGAGCCGAAGGGAGGGGAAAGUGACACUUCUUGGAUUCUUUUUUAAGGAAAUGUCUUUCAAGUUUCAAAUGAUGUGGAUGCAAAUGGAGGAUGUGAGGAAACCAGGCACUUAAAUUAGGAUCACAAGGUGGCAGCAUCCAGCUACAUCCUAGUUUGAUAUAUUUCCACUGGAAUGUCUUCUCUUUGUAUGAAUCCUUGGGAUUACAGAAUGGGUGUUUUGGUGAAUCGAAGAUUACAUUUGUGAUUGUAUUUUGUUCUGCUGGGCUCAUUCAAGCAGUUGAUGGAUUGGGUUGCAUGGUAGUUUCUAGUUUCGGUCUGGGCCAUAGCACCAAUAAAAAUCUCGUAUCCUUUUUUUA